UUUAUUCAUUAAGGGUAUAAACGAUAUUAACCACUCUAAUUUUUAACUUGAGAGCUCGAUUCUAAAAAUUUACUUCGCAAAUAAUAAUAUAGAUGUCAUAAAAUUCUAUUAUAUCGAAUAAGAAAUUUUGUUUAAAAUUUUAUAAUUUAUGAAUUAGUUUAUUUGAGAUUUUGUAAAUAUACUUUUAUGUAAAUUUUUCUUAGGCAUGAUAAUUUUAACCGUUUCGAUUUAUCAUUCAAAAUUAAUUAAUUCCAAUCUUAUGAUAUAAAGUUUGGUUUUUCAAAGUUAUUUUUUUAAAUACUAAACAAAGAUAAUAAUAGCAAAAGACUAUUUGAUGGUUUUUAGUUGACAAUAAUUUUUCUUUUAAUUAUUUGUAGUCGAACUUAAUUUUAUUGUUUUAAUUUCAUUGUACCAAUGACUAUCAUUAAAAAAGUAGUUAGGUAAAAUGUAUUGAGAAUCUGAGAUUAUUAAAUUUCCGAACUUUUCUGAUUUAAAAAGAAGAAAAAAAAGUGUCAAAGAAAUUGAACUACAUCUGAUUCACUUGAUGCUAAUUAAUUUCUUACUUGUCCAAUAAGAAAUCAACUCCAAGUCUUAUUAAUAACUAAAAAAUUUCACUCCUUCCCAUUUCACUAUAAAUACGACACCAUGCUCUCGUCUCCUACAUCACAAAAACACAAUCUUCAGUUCCAAAAAUCGUUUUCCUCUCUAAAACAUUAACAUUUAAACUAAUCGUGUUUUUCCCCGAUAAUGGAAGCUAAAGAUACGGCGGCACCUCCUCUCCGUAAGAUCAUCUCCGUCGCUUCCAUCGCCGCCGGUGCACAGUUCGUGUGGGCCCUACAGCUCUCUCUCCUGACUCCUUACGUACAACUUCUCGGUGGCCCUCACAAAUGGUCCGCUAUCAUCUGGCUCUAUGGUCCCAUCUCCGGCAUGCUUGUUCAACCUAUCGUAGGUUACUCUAGUGACAGAUGCACGUCAAGAUUUGGUCGCCGCCGUCCUUUCAUUGCCUCCGGGGCCGCCUUUUACGCCUUCGCCGUCUUCUUGAUCGGUUACGCGGCUGAUAUCGGUUACAAAAUGGGAGAUAAGCUCGAGCAAACGCCGAGGGUACGAGCCAUAGCGAUCUUCGCUGUCGGGAUCUGUUUCCUCGACGUGGCCAGCGACACUCUCCAAGGACCUUGUCGUGCUUUCUUGGCCGACUUAGCCGCAGUAGACGCUAAAAGAACGCGAGCCGCAAACGCGUUUUACUCUUUCUUUAUGGCGGUUGGAAACGUUUUGGGAUACGCGGCUGCUUCUUAUACGAACCUACACAUAAUGUUCCCGUUCGCGAUGACAAACGCUUGCGAUACCUAUUGUGCUAAUCUCAAAAGCUGCUUCCUCUUGUCUAUAAUACUCCUCCUCAUCGUCACCGUCACGUCUCUUUGGUACGUUAAAGACGAGCAAUGGUCUCCCCCGCCGGUGAACCCCGACGAGGAGAAGACUGUGAGUGAUGAUGCUUCCUUUGGAGAAAUUUUUGGAGUUUUUAAAGUAAUGGAACGUCCCAUGUGGAUGCUUUUGAUCGUCACGGCCCUUAACUGGAUCGCAUGGUUCCCGUUUCUUUUUCUCGACACUGAUUGGAUGGGUCGUGAGGUGUACGGUGGAAGUUCCGAAGGAGACGAUAGGAUGAAGAAACUGUACAGCCAAGGAGUACACUCUGGUGCGUUGGGACUUAUGUUUAACUCUAUUGUUGUUGCUUUCAUGUCACUUGGUGUUGAGUGGAUUGGUCGGAAAGUGGGUGGUGCUAAACGGCUUUGGGGAAUUGUGAAUUUUAUACUCGCCAUUGGUUUGGUUAUGACGGUUCUUGUUACAAAGUUGGCGGCGGAUUAUCGGAAAACAGCCGGUCCUUAUGCCGAACCGUCACCUGGUAUUAGAGCUGGAGCGUUGAGUCUCUUUGCUGUUCUUGGUAUCCCAUUAGCUAUUACUUUCAGGAUUCCGUUUGCACUAGCCUCCUCCACAAUUUCAAGCAGCUCCGGCGCUGGCCGAGGAAUUUUAAAUCUGGCGAUUGUGAUACCACAAAUGAUAGUAUCACUGGGAGGAGGACCUUUCGACGCCUUAUUUGGCGGUGGAAACCUACCAGCAUUUAUUGUGGGAGCAAUUGCAGCGGCGACCAGUGGAGUAUUAGCGUUAACCGUUUUACCUUCACCGCCAUCAUCAAAUAACAAAAAAAAGAAUGCAUAAAGUUAAAGUCUAAUAACCUUCGGUUGUCAAAAAAAAAGGAAAAAGAGAGGUUGUAUGUAUUUUCACCCUUCACCUAGUUUAUUGUUCUUGUUACCGAUUAUCAAUUUAAAAUAUAUAUUUUUCUUACUGUUUGUUUGCUUGAUCGUUAGUAACUUGUGUCUGGCUGUGGUAAACGAAAAACUACAGAAAAUAACUCUAGAAUACGAAAUCAAUCCUGAUAAUUAAUUUUGUGACAAAUUGACAAUACUUAAAACGUGAAGAAAAGGUUGCAAAGGGUAUUCUGAUUUUCGAAGGCCCAAAAUAAUCAAACUUAGCUAGUAACCAUAUAUAUAUUACUACUGGUUACCCUAAAACAAAUAAUUAUUUGUUUGAUUAUAUCGAGCUUAUUUUUCUGGACCCAAACAAGUUGAUACAUUCCUUUAUAUUACAUGCACUCGAUCUACAUAAACUUCCUUAUAUAUGAAAUGGACGGUUCAAGUUGCUUAGACAUUUAUUUAUAAAUAGUGAAUUAGGGUUGAUGAAUUAUGUCAUAUGCAAUGGAAAUAAACAUUAGAUAAAAAAAAGUAGAAGCUUUGACAUUUAACAAUUAUCAAAUAAGUAUCAAUGUUUAGUACUAAUCCACAGAAUCUAUAACUGGUUAGUGUAAGGAGAAAAAAAAAGAGAAGCUAAAGUGAAAAAGUAAUGACGCGGCGUGAUCAUGAAGGAAACGUUAGUCAGCGCAAAAAAACAAAAACGUGUUAUAAUCAGUUUUGCACGUGCAGAACGUGCCUCUCUGCCUUUGGUAGCUGAGGCCUUCACUUCUCGUUUCUUACCUCAACUUGUAUCGCAGCAUGCUGCCGUCCGAAGUCUAUCACAUACAAUUAGCAAAAAAAAUGUUUUAUACGUUGCAUAAAAUGUUUUUAUUUAUUAGCAUAUAUGGUUUAUACAUUAGCAAAAAAAUAUGUUUAUACAUUGCAAAUAUGUUUUAUAGAUAAAAGCCCUUUGUCAAAAAAAAAUAUGCUUUAUAGAUUACAAAAGUAAAUAAUGAUGCAUCAACCGUCAGCACGUUAAGUGCUAGAGUAAAAUCUUUGCACAGUUACAAUUAGCUAUAUAUACUAAAGUUUAAAGAAAACGUUAAACACCAAAAGCCUAAAUUCUAGUAUAUCAAGAAAAUACGUGCUGAAAAAAUACGUGUACUGUAUGUUUUGCACUAAACGUAGUCGGCGAUAUUUUUAAAAAAUUGACAGUAAUAUUUGUUCGUAUUCCUUUAUAAGAACCCAAAACUACUCUUUUGCCUCUAUGAUAUUCAGUAGUCAAUUAUGUGAUGUACUUGUUUAUAACUGGCUACGAGCCUACGACUAUGCGAGACAAAGUCAAAGACCAAAAGAUAGAAAGAAUAAUCAAAGGUCAGCGUGAAGAGAGUCUAGAAAGGGAAGACGUAGUGUGGUGGGUCAACACUGUGAUAGAGUGACGUAAGAGCUUACUGAAUCAACAUGCCAGCUCAUCAUCAUGAUAUACAUUUCAAAUCAUUGAAACAUUUGACCCCAGAAACAGUCAAACCUUCGCUUUCAGUCAAACCUUCGCUUUCAUUAAACAAGUUAGCUCAUUUUCCCUUCAUUUCUUUUCAUCUUUUUUUUUACAGAAAACAAAGGAAGAAAUUAUCCAAAGAAAGAUCGUUUUGUCUCAUGCUAGUUGAAUUUCAUAGAGCCUUAUUGUGUAAAAGGUUGAUUUAGUGUACAUGUGAUAAAUUACUAAUGAUAAACUAUUAUCCGGUGUUCUCUCGCAAAAAAUAUGCUAAUUAUUAUAGUUAGAACCGUAAACCUAAACAUAAAUGUUUUCAGUCCGGUCUUUCCUAAAACUCUCAAAAAUUAUUGUUUGCAAUAUGAUUUUUCUUAUUUAUAUGCUAAUAAAAUUCUUACCAUUUUAUAUACUUCUUCCGUUUCAUUUUAAUUGUCAUCUUAAACUUAGACACACAAAAUAAUAAAGCACUUAAUUUUGUAUAUUUACUAAAUAAAAUAAUUAUUACAAUCACAUUUCAACUAAUAAGAAAAUAUAUUAAAAUAUAAAGACAAUAAAUUUUCUAUUGAAAUCAUAAAAUGACACUUAUUUUGAAACGGAAAUUUUACUCUACGAACACAAUUAAAUAGAAACGGAGAGAGUACAUAAGUGACUAGUACAAUAAAUCAACUAUACUAAUUGGAAAUUGAUACGGGAAUAGUGUACUAUAGUGAAUUGAAGUGAGACAAUGAAUGCACAUGCCAAAGGGUGGUGGGGAUGUGUAAAUCUUUAAAACAGUUCAAUUUGUUAAUGUUGCAAAGCCUAAAUAUAGAAAAGAUACAACGUUAAAUUUUAUAGAUAUUUAACUCAUAUUCAGUUGAUGAUAAAUAGAUGAAUUUAUUUUAUGCAUAACACUACAAGAAAACAUGGGGAUUCUGAUGGCCGAAAUCGUCAGAAAUUCGUCGGAAUACACUGAUUCUGACGAAUUUCUGACGAACCAGUCCGUCGGUAUAAUUUCGUCGGAAAAAAAAGAUUCGUCGGAAUUUCGUCAGACCUUCCGACGACUUUCUGACGAAUACCGAGAAACGUCAUUCUGACGAACUUCCGACGAUAUUCCGAUGCGGACACACGAGACCAGAGUUCAUCGAAAAAACUAUAUACCGACGGAGCACGUCCCUCGGACAAUACCGACGAACCGAGUCCUCGGAAAAUACCGACGGAUAAUGGUUCGUCGGAAUUUUCCGAGGAACCAUUUCCGUCGGUAUUUUCCGAGGACUUCGUUCGUCGGUAUAGUCUGAUGCCCUCAAUUCGUCGGAAUAUAUCAAUUUUAAAUACGAAUUAAUUUUGCAUUUUUAUAUAUAUUUUUUAUAUUAAAAAUUAAUUAAUAAAUAAAUAAAAUCUGAAAUUUAAAACCAAUAAUAUUAUAGAAUUUAAAUUCAUACAAACUGAAAUAGAAAAAAAAUAUUCAGAAAGUUAAAAAUU